UAGAUCUCCAAUGUAUGGAGUACGGAAACACACAGCAAGCUUAUUGAAGAAAUAAACAGCUCUCAGUGUGUUGUCUGUAGGCGUUUCCACGGUCCACAGUAUGAAGAGAGUGCCAGAUGCAGCAAAAAAAUAAGCUAACGACAUGCCACGUUCAGCCAAUCUACAGCGACAGAGACUCUGCUCCUUGCCAGUGAGGCCUCACCAACGGAACAGUAGCACAGAGUCUGUGGCCAGCUCAGAGGGGGCAGCACUGACAGUUCUAGAUCUAAGUACUGAUCUCACUGAUGUUGAUGAAUUCCUCUUUGUGGAGUCUUCUUACCCAUUACAGUUGUUGACAGGACUGAACAAUCUGAGAUUAUCAGGAGAUUUUUGUGAUGUUCAUAUAUGUGUUGAUGGAGAGGAAUUUGCUAGCCAUAAGAUUGUUCUGGCUUCUUUUAGUCCAUACUUCAAGGCUAUGUUUUCAACUGAAAUGGCAGAAAGCAGACAAGAGAAAGUAUGUAUAAAUGGGGUGGACUGUGGCAUGAUUGAACUUCUGAUAAACUAUGCCUACACUGCUGAAAUCCUCAUCACAAAAGACAAUGUGCAGUCUUUGCUGUCAGCAGCCAACUUGUUACAAGUUCUCCCUGUGCGUGAUGCUUGCUGCAUGUUCAUGGAACAACACAUGGAUGAAUCAAAUUGCAUAGGCAUCAAUUGUUUUGCUGAGACACAUGCUUGUGAGAGCCUGCAAGAAAAAGCUAAACAGUACACACUGAAACACUUCCCAGAAGUAUGUCAACAUGAAGAAAUACUCAAUCUAACUAAAACCAAGCUAACAGAGUUUAUAUCUGAUGACACAUUAAAUGUAGACAAUGAAGAAAUUGUAUUCAAUGCUGUGAUUAGAUGGUUGGAGUAUGAUAUUAAUGGACGUCAGUCAGACUUUCCUUCUGUAUUGGAACAUGUUCGUUUGCCCUUAGUUAGUCCAUAUUUUCUUCAUGACUGCGUAGAGAAACACCCAGUGGUGCGUGGGUCUGAGAAGUGCCUCAAGUUAGUGGAAGAAGCUAAAACAUAUCAGCUGUUGGAGGACAGAAGACCUGAACUCAGAAGUCCAAGAACAAGACACAGGAAGGCAUCUGGCUAUAUUGAGGUAAUCAUAGCUGUGGGAGGGGAAGAUGACAAGGUUGUCCUGAGAAGUGUGGAAAGUUUUGAUCCAGAGACACAUGCAUGGAAAACAUUGGCAUGUUUGCCAUUUGCUGUCAGUAAACAUGGCCUGGUGGUUUCAGGGAGCAACCAACUUUAUAUGGCAGGAGGCGAGUUCCCUGAUGGCUCGGCUAGCAGAAGUAUGUGGAGAUAUGAUGCCUGCUUUGAUAACUGGCUGGAGAUGACACCUAUGAAUAUGCCCCGCUCAGAAUUAGGUCUUGCCAUGUUGGAUGGAUUCAUAUAUGCUGUGGGUGGCUGGGAAGGAACAGCACGACUUGAUACGGUCGAGAGGUACAAUCCUUUCUCCAAUAGUUGGUCUUUUGUGGCUCCCAUGAAAAUCUCAGUCACGAGUCCUGCAGUUGUGGCACAUGACAGCCUACUAUUUGUGACUGGUGGAGCAGUAUUGGAAGAUGGGGAUGGUAUAGAUCUAGUACAGUGCUAUAACCCUAGAACUAACCAGUGGACAGAGUUAGCACCAAUGUUAAUAGCAAGGUCAGGCUCAGCUGCCUGUGUGCUUGGAGGAUCCAUGUAUGUUAUAGGUGGGUGGCAUGCAUCUACAGAGAAUACAAACAAAGUGGAAUGUUACAACCCCAGCACCAACCAGUGGACCCUGAGAGCCUCCAUGCAUGAAAGACGCUAUCGUCCAGGUGUCGCUGUGGUGGACGGCAAGAUUUACGUGUGUGGAGGAGAGGAGGGUUGGGACAGAUACCAUGAUACCAUUGAGUGUUACAACGUGGAUAAAGAUGAGUGGGAAAUUGUUGGAGAGAUGCCCACAAGUCGUAGCUGGCUCAGUUGUGUCGCCAUGAUGAUACGGAGAGAUCUGAUGUUCAAGGAAAAAGUGGAAUCUUGUGUAAUUUGAGCCAGAAAGUCGUUAAAAUGUUGUGCAAGGAAAAGGUGGAUUCCAGAGCAAGCUCCUACUUUUCAUGCAGACAUGAUUGCUGUGAAGUAUGAUAGAUUCUACUGAACUGUUGCUGUAUUAAAAAGCCAAGAAUUACCUGAAGAGAUUUUCCAAAUUUUUGAAAAAGUUUGUGGACUUGCCUGCAAAGGUUUUAUUAUUUAAUAGAAGUGUAAGUUAUUUAUCAGUAAAUUUUUUAUUAGAUAGUAUUUGGUUACUUAGGGAUUUCAUGAAAUGUGCAAUAGGAAGGUAAUUUGGAAAAUCUUGCUAAUACUUUGAGAUAAAUGAUUUGGAUUUAAAAUAAAAAGUUCACAGAAGACAGACACAGGAGGCCUGUACCUUCCUUUACCUGAAGAGAGGAAAGGCAAAAACAUGAUCAUUAACAACCAGACAUGUUAUAGACUGAGAAGUUUGUUUCCAUUAGUCAGUAAGAAUCUACUGUCAUUUGAAAUAGUGACGAAUAAAGUUUUCAUUUAAAAUAA